AUGAGUGAGCUACCGCCAGCAACAUCGUUAAAUGAUUUACUAUCUCAUUUAAUGACAAUUUCUGAACAGUCACUCGAUGACCUUACACAACAAAGAAAGCAACAGUUACAAAAUCAUCGGAUGAAGAAUGCUUUAUUUGAAGUACUUGUGGAAAUUAAGGAAAAGACAGCGUUGUCUAUACGAGGAACUCAAGAAGAAACACCUGAAGAUCCGCAGUUGAUGCGACUUGAUAAUAUGUUGGUUGCUGAAGGCGUCGCUGGCCCAGAUAAAGGUACGCCACUUCAGGGUGAUGCAAGUGGAGGUGAUCAAGCAGACUAUCGUCAGAAACUUGCUCAGAUACGGCUUGUUUACAAUGAAGAACUCAGAAAAUACGAGGAAGCCUGCCAAGAGUUUACCCAACACGUCGUGUCUUUAUUACGAGAACAAAGUCGUACAAGGCCAAUUGCAAGUAAAGAAAUCGAACGAAUGGUCGCCAUUAUUCAGAAAAAAUUUUCCGGAAUUCAGGUCCAAUUAAAGCAGUCAACUUGUGAAGCGGUAAUGAUAUUGCGGUCAAGGUUUCUUGAUGCUCGGCGUAAGCGACGAAACUUUAGUAAACAAGCUACUGAAGUACUUAAUGAAUAUUUUUAUUCACAUCUGAGUAAUCCUUAUCCAUCAGAAGAAGCCAAGGAAGAAUUAGCAAGGCAAUGUCAGAUUACUGUUUCACAGGUUUUUUACCACUUUUAUUUUUUUCCUUCCAAAUGCAAUUUAAAAACACGUAUUCGAUACAAAAAAAAUAUUGCAAAAGCGCAAGAAGAAGCCAAUAUGUAUGCAGCAAAAAAAGCAGCUCAUGGAAUGACUGCAGCGAAUCAGUAUGGUAUGUUGGCGGGCUCAUCAGCUGCUGGUGGAAUGCUUAAUUACCCAGGAAUGUUACCUGGUCAAGAUAUUACGCAUCAUAUGGCCACUGCUGGUUUAGAAUUUGCAGCUAGUUACAAUCCACAGUUGGUAAGUAUAUUUGAAAUUUUUUUUGACCUAAAGGAUUAA